AUGAUGUCGUCCAAUGUGAAUUACAGCAGGCAGCGGAGCACAUCGAUCAGAGAUUGCCUCUGGUUGCUGUGGCUCUGCCUGCUUGCGAGCUCGGUCACCCCGAGCCUGUCCAUCGACGUGUCCUGCUGCCCCGAGGGCGCGGUAUGGCAAUAUUCGUCCAAUUGCUCGGACGGCACGAAGAUCCGUUUAGAAUGCCCGUCCGGUAUCUUCCUGAUGGAUCCUGAAGUGAGCGAAUACGAUAACUUCACUGUCAUCUACGAGGACGACACCGCCUGGCUGCUGCCAGACGUCGAUCACGAGAAAAUCCCAGCCGACAGAUUCUGCAUAGACAAAUCGGCGCGGAACGGCAGCGAAAUCGUUCUGGCAUGCUUCGACGAGCUGAUGGACGGGAGCAUGACGAGGACGUGGAAGUACACCCUGAUCUGCAUCGUCAGCAUCAUCUCGGCGGUCUUCCUGAUCGCUACCCUCGCGAUUUACGUCAUACUACCGGAACUGCGGGAGCUCCAGGACAAGGCGAUGAUGGCCGCAGUCACGACUCUGGCGGUCAGCUACACCGUCCUCUCCAUUCAGCAUUUAGGACCGAACUUACAGGACGAUUAUGUCAUCUGUAUUUCUCUCGGAUUUAUAUUGUACUUCGCCUUCAUGUCUGCGUUCUUCUGGAUGAACAUCGUGGCAUUCAACGUGUGGCGAUGUGUGUGGUUUAAGAACUUCAGGGUGAAGGAGCAAUCGCUUUUCUACGCCUACUGCGUUUGGGGAUGGGGCGGUCCAGCAUGUUUCCUGAUCGCCGCACUGACGAUGCACCACACGUCGGGGGAUUAUUUGCGGCCCGGCUUCGGCGAAUUUGGCUGUUGGUUCAGCGGCGUUACGGAGACAUGGGCGUACUUUUACGGGCCGGUCGCUAUUUUGUUAACGUUAAACAUGAUCUAUCUCGGGAUGACCAGCUGGCGCUUGUGGCAUCAAUAUCGCGAUUACACGGGAAGCAAGUUGCGAGUCUUGCGAUUCAAGUGCCUGCUGUACAUCAAAUUGGUGCUCGUCAUGGGUGUCACCUGGAUCUUUGAACUGAUAUCGUUCGCCAUCGGAUCAAAGAUGGAAGAAUUCUGGAUACCGACGGAUCUGUUGAACGGUCUCCAAGGACUUAUCAUAUUCCUGCUCCUGGUGGCAACGCGGAAAAGAGUGCGGAAACUGUUGGCGAAGAAGCGACCGUGCGGUAUCGCUUUCCCGAAAUCCUGGGCCGCGUACGAGGACGAAGAGUGCGAAGCGGUGCUUCCCGAGGAGCUCGAGCUAUCCCAGCAGGGAUAAGGGCACCCUCGCGCUUCUCUUCUCUCCUUCGCGAUUUCUUCCUCCCCGGAUUCAUCGCGCGUGUUAAAUGUGAGAAAUAUCGCCUAGGAAAAAGACUAUCUCGAUUUAUCUGUACAUUAUCUAUAAUCAGACACAGAUAACGCGACCAUUGAUCAAGCUUAGAGUUCUAGAAAUAACUCACGUUUGUAAGCGCAUUUUGUUCUCCAUCUCAAUAAUUCUCGUUGUUGCAUAGUCUCAAUUAUGUUAAUUCGUCACUCGUGAUUCAGUUUAAUUGCGAUCAAUAUUACUUUAGUGUAGCUCUCAUUAACGUAUGAAUCGCCGCUUAUUUCUUCACAUGUAUGAGAGAAAGAGAGAGAGAGAGAGACGUUAAAACAUUUGCCUGAUAACAAGUUAGGCAAUAUAAAUGUAUAUUUGGAGUAUCGUGGAACGUGUCGUUUUCACGAUUAAUGUAACACAUUAUUGUUAAGCGCCGCAUAAGAAUCUCCGUAAAUAUAUUAUGGAAAUGUUGGACCGAAUCAUUCUGUGUGUGUGUGUGGAGCAAAGAAAAAAAGAAUCGUAGGAAUAAUAUAUAUAUACAUAUAACGAAGGACAAUUACUCAUCGGCGCGCAGUAUCAUUUCACGUUUGUGAUUCAGUUACAGUUUCUCGUCUUAAGUCACUCACGGACACGUGACAACGACGAGUCAUCAUCAUCAUCAUCCGUUCCCGCAACCCCUCCGAUUUUCUACGAAAACGCGUAAAAUCGUCCGACUCAUUCACGCGUUGUUUUCUCGAUCAAACGCCUCGCGACCGCGAGUACUACGUAGGAUGACGUGUCGAGAUAUCUAAGCGGGCGGCGAAAACAUUGCGCAAGCGAUAACAUCGCGAAUUCAUCGUGAAUUUGACUGAAAUCGGACCGACAUUGGACCGUCAAGGUGUCAGCCGCCAAGGUGUAACCGUUGGGCAAUGAGAUGGAGAAGUCCGCCUGUACUCCGAGCCCGAAGGCUGCCGGAUACUUUCACCAGGCGAGACAAUGGCCCCGCGCCUACAUUACCAUAACGCGUGCUUAUCAGUUCGAGUAUCCCCCUUCCUCCAAUAAAAAAAAAGUCUGAUUCGCACAGUGACAUAAGUUUAGACAACAAAAGGCUCAGAAAGAUUGUCGCCGCGGGCGGCGUGUUGUAAACACAACGCCGCCGCUCGUCCCACUUCCAUUGACUUCGCGCGUAAUAACUCGUUGCGCGUCGACGUUCAUUAAUGUAAAUUGCAGGGCGUGCCAGAUCCAGAUGACCUCUGCUUAGCGAAUUCCUCGAUUAGUUUCGAAGCUGAUCCUCCAAUUAAAAAUGUCAAGGAUGACUUGUUCAAAAGUUAUUGAUAUCCUUGAACAUCUUAAUUAAAGAAAUAUCCAUAUUUCGUGUCGAUCGAAGAGAAUCCAAGGAGGACGAAGGAUGAUCUGAAAGCCCAGGGGGUAUUAUCUCGCAAUCACGCCGCAUUACACCAAUAGAAUGUAUAAAGAAUGUAUUAAGAAUGUAUUAAAUAAUGUCGCGCAUACAACGAACUUGAUUGUAUUCGAUGUAUAUUCUGUGGCUUAUUGAUACAGGCAGAUAGUAGGUCACGACACGAAAUUUAUUAAGCAAAUUGAAUCGUCCCGAGAUAAUCGAUGCCGUUGAACGCAAUAUCGAAUGAGUCCAAGUGAAUUCGAGAUCCCGCAAAACGAUAUAUUUCCAAACCGUGCAAACAUUUCGCAUAUGUAUAUUACCUCAUAGUUCUAUAUAUAAAAUAAAUCACGAAAGCACCAUAAGUAUUCCUUUUUUAUGUAAUUCUUUCGUAAUAAAAAUAUCAAAGCU